GGCCCCCGCAGUUCCUUCCCACCGACGGCAGCCCCAGGUUGCCCCCCCCCGGGGCAGCUGCGCGCUCUCUCUGCCCGGCCGAGGCGGGCUUCAGCCCCCGCCCCGCAAGUGGCCGGGAAUUGCCCCGGCUCAGCCUCCCCCCCCUCGCCCGGGGAAAGGGGAACUGGCCGAGCGGCCGCCGCCUCCGAAGCGCUGAUGGGGCACUUUUCCUCGCUCCCCUCUGUCUCGCCUGCGCGGAGGAGCAGCAGCGGCAGCAGCAGCAGCGAGGGAGCCCAGGCUUCCUUUUGUGAAGGAAAAUGGCUCCAUUGCCAGCAAUCGGCAGCUGGGAUGAAAACGGCGAGCCUCUCCCGUUGCCUUCCACCUCAGUCGCCUCUCUGGCCAUUUUCUCCAUCACUUUCCUCUUGGGCUUUCCUGGAAAUGGGCUGGUCAUCUGGGCAAUAGUCCUGAAGAUGAAGCGAACGGUGAACACGGUUUGGUUCCUCCACCUGGCGAUCGCCGAUCUGGUCUGCUGCCUCUCCCUGCCGUUCUCCAUCGCCCAGCUGGCCCUCCGUGAGCGCUGGCCUUUUGGCUGGCUCCUCUGCAAGAUUCUCCCCUCUGCGGUCAUCUUCAACAUGUUUGCCAGCAUCUUCCUCCUCACCACCAUCAGCAUUGACCGGUGCCUCCUGGUGAUGAAACCCGUCUGGUGUCAGAAUCACCGGACAGUCAGGCUGGCGUCCGUGGUCUGCGGUGUCAUCUGGAUCCUCGCCUUCCUUUUGUGCUGCCCUUCCUUCUUCUACCGGGAGGCCCUGGAGGAUCAAUUUGGCAAUAUCAAGUGCCUCAACAAUUGGGAAACGGGGAGACAUGACGAUGAUGAGUGGCUGAAAAUGGGGAGACAUGACGAUGACGAGUGGCUGAAUGAUCUGGGAGCCAUAGAGGAGACGACCCCCAUUCAAGACCCUGCUCUUUUGGUCACCGGGAGCACCUACGGCCGUGCCUUCCCAGGUGGGAAUCUGGAUCCACACCCUUCCUACCCCACUGUAAACGCAAUCAAAGGAAACAUCAUGGUGCCCUUGUCUGCAUCACACCAUUAUAGAGUCAAGACAGAGACAGAUUUAUUGAUGAGGGAGGUUACUGUUGCUCCUUCCAGGCCGAAGGACUUUCCCAGGGUCCAUCCGAGUUUCGCUCCAGCCAGCAUUUCCCCAUUCCCUGAAACCCAACCGCCUGGCAUCUUUGUGUCCACCACCAUCACCAGAGCCACAUUCGGCUUCCUUCUGCCUUUUGCGAUCAUGGCCACUUGCUACGCUCUGAUUGCCUGGAAGAUGCUCAGGAAGCACUUCGUGGGACCUCGCCGGAAGGCCCUGCAGGUGAUCCUGCUCGUGGUGGCCACUUUCUUCCUCUGCUGGGCUCCCUACCACGUCACGGGGCUGCUCUUCCUCCUGGCUGCCCCCCAAACGCCACUUCACCAGGCCCUGCUGUGGUGGGACAGUGUGUCCGUCGCACUCGCUUAUGCCAACAGCUGCAUCAAUCCUCUUCUCUACGUCUUUGUGGGGCAGAACUUCAGGAAGAAGGUUUGCCAGACGGUGCAGGAGAUAUUUGAGGGGGCCUUUGUGGAACCCUCCUCGCCAGCCUCUUCCCAGGAGAAAAGCAAGACAACCACAGUGGGCAACGAGGUGGAUGUUUCGGUCCUCUCACGCGCCUCUUCCGGGCAGUCAAAGGCUCAGGGAAGUCUCUGGUCAAGUUUGUGUGUGUGUGUGUGUGUGGGGAAAUGCUGGCUUAGGCUACAAUCGGCACUCCUACUGACCUUUUUGCAUUCAUUUUAUCUGGGCUAUUUUAAAUGGCUUGUAUCUGUAGCACGUCAGCAAUGAGUAUUUUUCACAUAUUUUUGAGGAUGUUUAAAAAGAAGAUAACAUUUCUUCAGUUGCCACUCCUUGUACAAGAGUCCCACCAGCUGCCUUAGAAUCCAGCUCUUAUGUUUCAGCCAGGAUGGGCAGCGUGCUUCGUUCAGUUGGGUCAGCAGAUCAGCAACCCAGGGUGGGGAGGGGUCUGGAGCCUGGGCUGGGCUCCUGCGAGAUGCCCCCCUUCCCCCAGCGCUUGGUUCCCACUGAAACACCUCCCAAGUGGAGUGCCUUCAGAGGAGCCACAAGAGGCGGGGGUUGGUGCUGCACUUGCGAGGAUUGAGGAUUCAGUGGGGGGGGGGAGAGAAAGGGAUACUUUUCAUACAUUCAUUAGGGACGGUUUCUCUUAUUGCGCUUCUGGACUUCAUGAAAAAUA